AUGACUUUCGUAAUUGAAAAUGGAGAGAAUUGGUCUGCCACUGAGGAUCUUAUGCAACACACCAAUUUACCUUUUACUGAUCAGGUGAUGAGAUUUCUAAUGCCCGGUAGUUUUAAGGUUCCUCAGAUUGGUGAGUAUGAAGGAAGUGGAGAUCGUUCCGACCAUAUGGAAAGUUUCCGAGCUCACAUCAUCCUUCAUGAAACUCCUGACGAAAUCGCUUGCCGAGCUUUUCCCUUGACUCUAAGGGGAGUUGCCAAAGAAUGGUUUGGAAGUCUGAGCCCUAAGUCUGUUGAUAGUUUUGAUUAUCUUUGGCAGCAGUUCUUGGGACAAUUUCUUGCCGUUCGAAGAAGAAAGAAGAACCCAGCAUAUCUAUUAUCUCUCGUACAAGGAGAAAACGAGUCCCUGAAAGAUUAUAUGUUACGGUUCAAUCGUGAGAAACUGACAAUAGAAAGCACUGAUGAACAGACUAUUCUAUCAGCAUUAAUGCACGGUAUAAAGACUGAAGGACAUUUAAUGGCCGAGUUAGCCAAAAAACCGAAAACAGGAACUCUACGACAGUUCAACAACAAAGCUAAAGAGUUCAUCAAUCAAGAAGAAACUAUCUCGGCGUUUUUGAAAUCUAAAGUUGCCGAGAGUAAGACUGCUGCUGGUCCAGUUAUGACAAAACCGAGGGUUUUUGUCGAAAAGAAGAAAAAAGACCGCCAGAACCCGAAGACUCUGGAGAAGAAGAUUGAUCUACCGCCCCGGCCAAAUCAGCAUCAACAAUAUGUGGGAUGGACACCCCUAAAUACAAUUGUUUAUAAGGUGUUCAUGGAGGUUAGAAAGGAUCCGAGCUUCAGAUGGCCAGGAAAGAUGAAGUCUCUUCCCCAAAACCGCAGCACUCAGAAGUUUUGCGAGUAUCAUAAUGAUAACGGGCAUCAAACCGAGGAUUGUAUUAGUCUUCGGUUCGAGAUUGAAAAGUUUCUAGGAAAUGGAAAGUUGCUGAACUUUUUAGCUGAGGAAAAUGGCAAAGGGAAGAACCCUCAAGACAAUCAGAGUCAUCAGUCGGGUUAG